AUGAACAAGGGAAAAGGAUUUCAAGAAAAGAUAGCUUGUCGUUCACUUAGCAUUCAGCUCGCUAGAAGAAUAGCUAAACAUGAAAAGCAAUUACAGAAGCUGACCAGUUAUUAUCAGGAUUACAUAAAUAAGCAUAAGCAAUCUAUCAAGCAAUCUCCUAAUUCAACUGAUUGCUGUAUUAGCGAGAAUAAUGAUAAAACCGGAAAUAUAUCCAAACAUAAUCCAGUAACAUGUCCCGACGAUAUGAUAGCCAGUCAGGAUACCGCUUUGUUCUUACCUACACUACAAAUGUUUGAUAACGAUGAUGACGAUAAUCAAGCAUUAACCCAAAUUGAAGAUCAUGACGGUCAUAUUGAAAAUGAUAGUCAAUUAACAGGUCAUGAUAUCGAUUUGGUUAGUAAUCUACAAGGAAAUGGUAUGGAAACUGUUGAAGAUGAUAGUUUAUUGAUGUUGGAGGCAAAAGCAACCCCAUCAUAUAAAUGCGAUAACAAUGCUAGCAUAAAUAGCGACAACUCUCAUGCCUUAAGUACUGGAAAUAAAAGACAACAAUCUGUAGAUACCAAAAUAAAAUCACUUAAUUGGACUAUCAAUAGCUGCGCAGACGUUGAUGACAUAGAGAAAAGUAGUACAACGUUGUAUGAAUUUCAAUUACAAGCAUGUUUACAGGUUAAAGAACCAGUCAAAUCGAUCGCUUUUUCAAGUAACAAUGGCAAUUGUAAUGACUCUAUUAAGAUAGCUACUUGUUCCGACCGAAUAAUCACUAUAUGGACAUUAUCAAAGGACGAUUUUUCUGAAUGGAAUUUCGUAAAAUGUCUCACAUGCGAUAAAAACAUGGAAAAAUUUAGCGAUGUUAACUUUCUCUCAACGGACACCGGAAUCUGUAUUUCAGUUACUGGUAAAUUUCGGGCAUCUCAUAAUAGAAUUUAUAGAAUAACAGACAAAGAAGACUUUAGUUUAGAACUUCGUAGCGGUUGUUCAAAGUUCCCGUGUAAAUGUGAAUAUCGAUCUGUAAAUUGUCCACCUGGUCACAAAAACGUUAUUACUGCAAUAUUGAAUGGAAACGAUAAAAAUUAUUACUUUAGAAAAUACUGUCUUGAUGACAAAUGCCAGAAUUUAAUAUCUUGUAAUGAUUUCGAAAAACCCAAUAUAUUAGAAAAGUUAUCGUCUAUUGUUGUAGCGCAUGGAUCUGAACUGAUGUUAUUAGGAUUAUUUGAAAAGACGAUUGUCCUAUGGAAUUGGAGUAACUAUCAAAUCACAAAGAGAAUAGCGCUAGACGGGUCGUUUAUUGAAAAAGAGGCUGCAAAAUGUUUUCGAGUUGUAAUCGAAAAGGACUGGCUGUUCGCAGUGAUUGGUUCCAGUUUCGAUAAGUUAACAUUAACUGCCAUAUCCUUCCGUUUAAUUGAAGAGCAAGGAAUUAAUAUUGGCCCUUGA